AUGCACGUUUCAACGUUUUCACAAAAAGGACACGUUUCCGUUGAUUUUUUGAUCAAGGAAAAAUUCCAGAGAGCAAUUCCUUCGCAAACAACACAUUUCCCUGUCGGAAGUCGUGUACAUCGGACCGAACUAUUAUCCGCGGGACGGUUAUAUCGAUUGGAUUGCGAUCGCCGGAAUCGGCAUUUUGACACUUAUGAUUGUGAGUUUAUGCAGAGAAAGAAAUUAACUUACUAUCAGACAAAAAUGAAAACGUUCAUGGAGACUCAUUGAAACAGACACUUUCCCGCCAAAACUUUGAACAGUUUGUCGCAAUAGAAUUGUUUCCAGUUCCUCUCAAUCUACACGAUCGUUCACUUCGCCGCCAAGUCCUACCGAUUAAUGAGCAGUCUCGUUUCGACCUCCAAAAACUCGGACCGCUACAAAUCGACGCAGUCCCAACUGCUCAACGCGCUCGUCCUCCAGGCGCUCAUUCCGUUCGUCCUCAUGCACUUGCCCGCUUCUUUCGUCUUCAUUAUGCCGCUUUUCGGGUGCGGCGAGCAGAUUUUCGCGCGGAUUUUCAGCGUCACCGUCGCACUUUAUCCCGUUUUGGACCCGCUUCCCACUGUUUUCAUCGUCAAGUGCUAUCGAACUGCCGUUUUGAGUGAGUUUAGGAAGUUCGGAACACUCAAUGUUCUCAUUUUGUUUUUCAGAAUACUGCUCCAACUUCUUCUGCGCGUUCUCAUCGAAAUCCGUCGGAAUUGUCCUCGAACAACCGUCCUCAACCGCCUAUCACGUUCCAACUGUUGUAGCUUGA